AUGGUCAGAUUAUGGUCAGAAAAGACUAACGAAGAUACAAGUAUUUUGAUGCACAACUUCUGGAAAUGGAUAACUGAUGUACAUUAUCUUAUUGCACAAUACCUUUUGCAGUUUUGGAAGGACGGAUUGAUUACUGGUUUUUUGAGCAUGAAUAAAGCUGAAUGGAUCUUGAAUAUAUUUCAACCUGCACGGCACGGAACAUUCAUCUUAAGAUUUUCGGAACCAGACCUGAAAAUGGGAGAGGCUUUAGAAUACACACAUGUUCAUCUAAAAGCCUAUGCAUUAGAAAUAAAAGAAAGGAAUGUGAGCCUAUAUAACCUACCAACAAGCAACUUCCGGAAGCUUGGAAAAUAUUUUGAGGAAAAAAUUGCUUUGGAAGAUGUACCAAGAUGGAAACAUCUGAUUCAGAAACGUCGGUUAAAAAUAUCACCAUCAAUAAAAGGGCACAUAGAGGAUGCAAUCAGCCCAGGUAUUGCUUUCGUAGAGGAGCUUAAGAAAAAACGUUACAUGAUAGAGGACUUGGCAGGCUGUUUUAAACAACAUGAGAUGUACGAAGGUCUAGAUAUUCUACAUGCAAAAGAAGAACAUGACAGCGUUUUGUCAGUGUCAUAUUUCACAUUCAGAGAAAUAGGAUUAGCUUUUGAGCGUUCGUAUACUGUUCAAGUAGACGACGGAGAGGAAAUUCCUUGCUGGAAGUAUAUCAUUCGUUGGAAUGAAGAAUUUAGUGUAGUCAGGGAACACGAAGUAAAUAUAGGAAAAAGUUCGAGGCCAGGCGAAAAGUUUUUGGAUAUAUUCAAUGACUGUGGCUUCAAACUUACUGACCUUAUCAAAACAUGUAAGGAUUUAGGAUUGGACGGAAUAACACAUAUCAUAGAAUCAAGCAAGCAUGAUGCUUACCUUGAAAAGACGAUUGUCAAUGUGGAUAUUGGUGGAGCAAGGGAAUUGGAAAAAAAGGGUUUGCUGGAUAUUUUGAAAGAGAAACAAAAAACUGUUGGAAACCUCUUGUUAAGAUAUCUUUAUCUUGGAAAGCGAACGCAAACGCUUCAGCAGCUUCAAGAAAAAUAUACUAAUCAAACAUAGUCAAUAGUUAUUAGAUAAUACAAUAUGAAACAAUUCUAUGUUCAAAAAUAGAUAUGUUGUGUGUUUACGUUCAUAAACUGUGCAUAUUGCAUUUUAGGGAAAAAUCAUUUAAGUAAACAUUUUAUUAAUUUAACAAAGAAAAAUUCAAACAAGUAAUAUAUAGUCAUUUUUUAUUUGUAUAAAUUACACACAGAUGUGAUAUUCCAUUGUGACAAUAAUAGAAAGAUCAAAAUUUAGUGUAUUUACAUGCUUAUUAGACAUUUUUUCCUGUUUCAUAAUGACGUACAAGUUAAAUCAAUGUAUGAGAAGUACCGGAAUAAAUAUGAUAAUUAUAUAAAACAUUGACGUCAUGGGGAUGUAUGUUGCUAAAGCUCUUAUAGCUUGUAGCCUGACUCAUUGACACUAUAUCUCUUUGUUAUUCUUUGUUUCUUUGUAUUAUUAUUCAUGUAACCUUUCAUGUGUACUUUGUACAUAAUAGUAUCAAUAACAUUUUAGGAAACUAAUAAAAGAGACAUAUCUAAUUAAAGAUAGAUUUACUUACCUGUCAAAAUGUUUCAUCAUUUUAUUCAGCUUCAAACAAUGUUGAUUUAUAAUUGAGUAGUUUAAACUUAAUAACAAAAUGACUUGUGUCUAAAUUGAUUGGCGAUUGAUCUGUUUUAGUUUAACACGACUGUUUACUGUCUAAUUAUUGAUUUCUUUAUCUUUGUUGUUUGACCUAACUGUAUACUAUUUGAUAAUUUACGUUGAGGUUUAUCUUUAUAGUAUGACCAGAAUCUUAACUGUAGACAAUGAACUGUUUUUCGCUGCAGGUUGAUCAGACUUCAAACUAUUUGAUAAUGUAUCUGACGUUUAUCUCUAUAGUAUGACCAGACUCUUUACUGUUGACACUAGAAUUGUUUAUAGCUGCAGUUAAAUAAUACUGCAAACUAUUUUAUAAUGUUUUUGACUUGUAUUUAUAUAGUUUGACCAGACUCUUUACCGUUUUACAAUAGAUCUGCUUAUCUUUGCAGUUUGAUCAAACUGUACAUAGUAUAUUAUUUUAUUAUUGAUGGUAUCUCGACAGGUUAACCAAACAGUAAACUGUUUCGAAACAGAUCUGUUUAUCUUUGGUGUUGAACCUGACUGAAUGUUUCUUAAUAAUUGAUUUUUUUAUCUCUAUAGUUUUACCCGUUUGUAUCCUGUUUGAUUAUUAAGCUUUU